CUGUCAUCCGCACUCACCGUCGUCGUCCCGCCGUCCAUCCACUGCACCGGGGGCUUCGUCGAGGGAGAAGUACAACUCAACUUCCGCCAUCUACAAGAAGAGGAUAUCAACCAAGUCCACAUCGCGCUCCGCGGCGAGAUCCAACGCGCUCGCCGCGGGAGACGCACGUACGAAGAAAACCACCUCAUCCUCAAUACAUCUCUUCCUUUGUGGUCCAAAGGCUCCGCCUACCCCCCACCCGGUUCAGACAUCCUCCGCCUCCCCUUCCGGUUCCACCUUCCGGAGGGCAUUCCCCCGUCAUUUCACUACAGCAAAUGGUACCCUGAUAUCGGCGGAUCGGUCGUGUACGUGCUCGAGACGACGGGUGUGCGGGAGGGGUUGCUCAAGGUGAACAAGAGGAUCCCAACGCCGAUUGUUGUCACGCCAAGGGAUGAAGUGGGCGCGGCCGUAAGGGCGGGGACCAGUACAGCCUGGAAGAAUGUUAGGGCGGAGGAGAAGAUACGGAAGGGCAUCUGGGGCGAAUACGCGACUGCGAGGGUUGUGGUG